UAAGGUUCUGUUGCAAAUAGCAAAAUGAAUUAUAUAUCUUGAUUUCUGUUGCAGAGAUUUAAUAAAGAUAUAUUCUAUUGUUCUUAAUGGUGACUAUUUGACGCAACAAAAAUGCCCGAGUGCAAUUGCUGGUUUGUUCUCUUGACAUUUCUUGCAACGUCUAAUGCAGGACUUUGGAAGACUGUGAACAGGCCUUUUUAUAAACUAACGUUUUACAACAUUGAUUCUACAUGGCAGGGGACAAUAUCUUUUUGUAGGAACAAAGGAUCAAGUCUUGUUCAACUUGAUGAUAGCUCUGUGGAAUAUGAUGUUAUUAACACAUUCAAAAGUUCUGGAGCAACUGAAUUCUAUUGGAUCGGAGCAACAGAUGAAGCCUCAGAAGGACAUUGGAAAUGGAUAGAUGGAUCUACAGCAUCGAUUACUUCUUGGAAUUCCGGAGAACCAAAUGGGGGAAGACCGGAAAAUUAUCUAGCAAUUGGAAAAAACGGAAAAUUAUUUGAUUAUGCUUCUAGUCGCCUUAAAGGAAUUAUAUGUAUUAAAGUGUUUCCCAAAACAAUUUCUCGGGAUAUAUACAGACUGGAAGCAAUUGGAAAACAUCCCAUUAAAGUUACUUAUGGAACAGCUCAUACAGUUUGCGCAAAUAUUGGAUCGCGAAUUUUGACAUUUUCAUCGGCCACAAAUAAUAUCAUCAAGUCCCAUUUGAAUUCUGAAACUGAUGACAAGCUCUGGUUAAAUCGUAAUUCUGGUUCUAGUUGCUAUUCACUAUCAUUGAAAGAUUACAAAUCGAGAACCACACAUUGUACUGACAAGCAUUACUACAUCUGCGAACAAGUUAAAACUCACGAUAUGCAGUUAUCAAUAUCGAACUUCAUUGCUGAUUCCUAUUCUGAAGAAACAGAAAUAACGUGCAUGGCAUCUGGGUUUCCACCGCCGACUGUUAAAUGGAUGAGAGGAAAAACUGCACUUAUUUCAACAUCAAUUAAUAACCAAGCUAAAGUUGGACGAGGUUUAGUUUUAAAUCCAAAACAAUUGACAAUUAAAGACGAAGGACAAUACAUAUGUUCCGCAUCGAAUAAAGUUGGACAAACUGUUUACGAGUUUACACGAAUUCUCAAUGUAAAAGUUCCAAGUCAACCAUCAAUUACAAACAUCACUUCGUCACCUUGCAAUUCCAAUUUAUUGAUCACUUGGAUGCCACAUGUUCGUGGAGUUGGAAUCGAACACAGAUUUCAGAUUAUGGAUCCUAUCAACAGCAAUAAUUAUAAAGUUUUUUUAAUGGCGCCGGAUAAUGCCUCCAUGACGUCCCUCGUGACAGGGCUGCAACCAUCAACAUCUUAUAUUAUCAAGAUUGAGCCAUGCUUAACAUCUCCAUCAACUUGCCGCAACGAAUACGCAAUAACCACAAAUGGAACCACUGGAGGUCUGCCCGGUCCUGUUACAAAUCCAAGUUUAGAGAUGACUUAUGGCGGUUCUUGCAAUGUUUCGUGGUCGGCAUUAAAGAGCCCGGAACAUAUAUCCGGUUACAAGCUCGUUAUCAACUCAACAAAAGCCAUAGUGUCGUCAUACUAUGAAGAUGAUUUUAAAACAAAUGAAAUAUUUCUACCACCUGAGAAAACCUCAUAUGUUCUCCCAAAAGUUUACAAUAGAAAAUACAAUGUCUCUAUUCAAGUUAAAAUCUGUCCAGCGUCGGAGGCGGUGGGGGAAUGUGUUACCGAUACUAAUGCACCAUCCAAUAUUCAAGCACCUAAAACCGGAGAUGAAAUAAGUAAUUCUGGAAUACUGAAAUUUUCAAUUAACAUUCCAGAUGAAACAAAUGGUCCUAUAAGCUGUUACUUUAUCAUCGUACAAGUGAACAAAACAAGCAACACACCGCCUGAUUUUAACAAUGAACGUAUGAGUAAACUGAAUAACUUAGAAAUCGAAGAUGAAUAUAUUGCAAUAGCUUUGAACAGAACCAGCGUUGGGCAAAACCAUCCGAAAAUGAGUCUGAUUCUUGGAGAUAAAGUAAAAACAAGGUGUGACAUUAGCGGAAAAAACAACAUUGAUUAUGGGAAUAAUUCGAAAAAUACGUAUGCUGCAUUUAACAAGAGAUUGUCAAUCUCUGAAACUUACAGCAUAUUUCUUGUGACUUCAACACCAACUAAAAAAAGUUUUUCAUUUGCUGCUAGUGAGGGGCUGCUGAUUGGAAAACCUUUAGCAGAUGAGUGGCAAAUUUAUCUCAAUAUUGGAUUGGCCAUGUUAGUUUGCAUAUUGCUAGCAGUUGGAAUCUUUUUCACAGUCAGACGAAGAACAAAAUCUAACAAGAAAAUUGAUCAAAUAGUUCAAUAUCGGAACAAUGAACAAGUUGACAAAGAAGAAAUAGCAAGCACAAGUGUUUCACUGCGUAAUUUUGAAGAUUAUUACAGAAAUCUAUUUCAUAAUGAUAAAGCAUUGUUUCACGAACAGUUCAAGAGAAUAAAGAUCGAAUCAAAAGCGUAUAUGAAAAGUACAACGUUCGCAUCUACUCCUGAAUUAAAAAGGAAAAAUAGAUAUAAAAACAUAUUACCAUAUGACGAAACUCGUGUUUGGAUCAAAGCUAAUGACACUGGAUACAUCAAUGCAUGCUACGUUAAUGGUUAUGCCAAAUCACGCAAAUACAUCGCAACUCAAGGUCCUUUACCAACAACUGUUGAUGAUUUUUGGUUGAUGGUCGUUGAGCAGAAAUGUAAAGUCAUUGUAAUGCUGGCAAAAUGUUUUGAAGCAGGAAAAAAAAAAUGUCAAAAAUACUGGCCAGAUUACGGAACUACUUCUAGUUUCGGAGUAGUUAAAGUUUUCAACUCAGAAGAAGUAAAGUAUUCCGGCUUUGUAAGAAGAACAUUUCAAGUAGAAACAAACGAUGGGAAAAUAGCAAUGGAAGUGUUGCAAUACCAAUAUGUAAACUGGCCCGACCAUGAUAUACCAUUCACAACAUCGAAUCUUGUUAGAAUGCAUAAAGCUGUCAUUCAAUGUCUAGAAGAGUUUGGAGAGGAUGCGCCGAUGAUUGUGCAUUGCAGUGCUGGUGCUGGAAGGACGGGAACAUUUAUAGGAUACGACUAUUUGCUCGAAGAAGGAAGAGAUACAGGAAAUGUUGAUGUAUUACAAUGCGUAUUGAAGAUGAGAUCCCAACGUGUCGACAUGAUACAAAAUUGCGACCAAUACGUACUUCUACACAAGUUGAUUCUGGAAAACUACCUCUUUGAAAAUACUGAUUAUAUUGCACAAGAUAUUGGGCACCAAUUUCAAGAAAUUACAAGCCAAGAAAAACGGAUGAAGUUCCUUGCUGAAUUUGAGAAAUUGUCAAUAUUAGAACCUUUGAAAUGUUCUAAACUGAUGGGAAGACGUUAUGAAAAUAGGAGAUACAAUAUAUCAGACGGUGUGAUUCCAUACGAUCACAAUGCAGUUGUUUUGAUAAUGUGCAACAAUGAAGCAAGUGUGCCAUAUGUAAAUGCAUCGUGGAUAGAGACUUACGACGAAAGUACUAGUAUGAUUGCAGCACAAGCACCGAUGAACGAAGGAAUCCCAUUUUUUUGGAGAUCUGUACUGGAUAACAGAGUUAAUACCAUUAUCAUGCUAUCUCGCGUUGAGGAAUGCGUUCAGUAUUGGCCACAUGAUGUUCGCGCUACGUUGAGCAUGGAAAACGUUUCUGUUACUAUGAUGGAAGAAAAUGUAAAUGGAUCAAUAUCUCGUAGAAUUUUUAAAGUGUUCAGAGGAAGCCAACAGACUCAUGUUACUCAAAUACAAUAUUCUGACUGGAGCAAUGAACAAUGCCCAAAAGAUGGAAGCAUUGUUUUGGAUAUCAUAGGGGAGAUGCAGAGAAAUACAAGAAGUGUGCAGGGAUCAGCUUGUCUUAUCCACUGCACCGACGGAGCUGGACGCACUGGAGCAUUUUGCGCAAUCGCAAAUUUGAUUGAGAGAUUGAAACACGAGUUUAAAGUUGAUGUUUUCAGAGCAGUGAAGGAUUUGCGUGAUUGCAGACAAGGAAUGGUUCAGACUUUGGAACAAUACAAAUUUUGUCACACUGCAAUCUGCAACUACAUGAAGUCGUUUGAGAUCUAUUCCAACUUUGAAAAUAAAUGACUGAACAAUGUAUAUAUGUAUAGUAAGC